UGUUUUCAAGGGGACAUAUUAUCUCGUGACACAUAACAGCCAGGAGAUCAGUCCCUUUCCUUUUAUCCCACCACGGCUCGUCAUUCACCAAAGAGUCUUACCAAUGUAUGGCUGUCGGUUUCUUACAGGAAUUUAAUGUAAUUUUGAACACGUUGAAGGAAUUUUUUCAGGCCCAUGGGCAGUGUUCUGGCUUUGUCUUCGGGUGCGGGUCACGAGAACUGGCCUUUUUCCACAGACCACCCUCCUUCUCGCUGGGAUGCACAUCCUGCUCACUGGUACAGCCCGCCACGCUGGGAGAGGAGAGAUGGACGCCUACCUAACCCAGGCAGCUUUCACUCCCUACACAGGAGUUGCAAAGAUGUGUUUCCUCAACAGAUUGAGGGAGUCAAGAUGAUUGUCAACAAAACUCUGAGCAGCUUCUUCAAGGUCAGUCAUACUCUCCACCUCAGUGCCGUCAGUCCUUCUUACUAUCGAUUCCACGUGGAACACCUGCAGUCUGACGAUUACAGCAAGGACAAGGAUGCACCUGCAUUAAUCGGUGAGAUGGAUUCCUCAGGAAGUCUGAACGCGCACGCCCUGCUGCAUCUCACUGAGCGUGUGCGAGCCAGAACUGUGUUCCAGACCCAGCAAUCCCAGUUUGUAACGUGGCAGUUUGAAACGGAGUACAGAGGAAGUGAUUUCACUGCUGCCGUCACGGUGGCUAACCCGGAUGUCCUUAGAGAAUCAGUUAUCCUUGUGGCUCACUUCCUCCAGAGUGUGUCGUCUGGUCUGGUGUUAGGAGGGGAGCUUGUCUACCACAGAGGCAGAGCAGAAGAGGGCGGAAUCCUCACGCUGGCUGGACAAUAUUCAAGACCUAACUGGGUGGUGACUCUAAAUGCUGGGAAAGGAGGAGCCCAUGCUAGCUACUAUCACAGAGCCAACAAACAGAUCCAAGUAGGGGUGGAGUUUGAAGCCAGUACCAGAACUCAGGAGACCACAACUUCAUUUGGGUAUCAGAUGGAACUUCCAGAAGCCAACAUGGUUUUUCGAGGUAUGAUUAACAGUCGCUGUAUCAUCGGAGGCGUGCUGGAGAAGCGUUUGAGUCCGCUCCCUGCCACCCUGAUCAUGGGUGCGUUUGUAAACCACCGUGGUGACAAACUGCAAGUAGGUCUCGGUGUCAAUGUGGGACAAUAGUACACAACUGACUGACAUGUCAGGGAUAACAAAACACAGAGAUUGCUCCCAUGAGCGGUCUCACCCUGAAUCGGGAUGAAGACCUGGAAGCAGCAGAGUACCAUAGGGUCUGAAAGUUUGCGUCUUGAGUCUGAGAACAAUUCCUGAAUUCUUGUACAGCAAUCUACCUCUGAAAAAAUAGGGGGGUUAUUUUUUUUAAUUUGGUUGCCAUCCAAAUUAGUGGAAAUGAUUAGAUUAAUUUAUUAAGGGACACAUUUUGUUACAAAAAACAUGAGGGAUUUACUGUCAUGGAAAGAGAGACUAUCGAAACAAUAUUUUUGUUAUGUUUUUGCCCAUUACUGGAAUGUGCUCAUUUUCUGCAUAUUAGGACACAAUCAUGCUAAUAUUAUUUGAAUUUGCAGACAAACUUAUUGGCCUAGGUAUAUACUGGACUGCACAGUAUGUGUUUUAAUGAUGCUGUUAUAAACCAAUUAGAGGACCAAGUAAUGAACUACCAGUAUAUGAAACAUACCGUAAAUGCUCUAAUUAUAGCCUCACCUAAAACACAAAGUACCAGUUAUUGAUUGGAACCAGAUGAUAAUUGGAUAAUUACAUUCAGAUUUUUUUUAAACUUUAAAAUGUUUUGAAAUGCAUAAGAAAACAUUUUUUUUGACCAUUUAUUAACAAGUACAUUAUACAACACAGCAGCAACAAAACCAAUGUUGUAGUAGUGGUAAGAAGCAAACUGCUCAGUCAGCUUUUAUAGUGCCGAUUAGGUCAUGGUAAAAAGCAGUGCAGCAAGUGUAAAAGUUUCACACCAGCAGCUCGGUAGCACAACCAACAUUUUAAAGCGUGUGCAGAGGUACAAACCCUGUUUCCAAAUGAGUUGGGUAAUUGUGUUAUAUGUAAAUAUAAACGGAAUACAAUGAUUUGCAAUUCCUUUUCAAUCCAUAUUCAGUUGAAUGCAAUACAAAGACAACAUAUUUGAUGUUCAAACUCAUGAACUUUUUUUUUUUGCAAAUAAUCAUUAACUUAGAAUUUCCUGGCUGCAACACGUGCCAAACUAGUUGGAAAAGGGCAUGUUCACCACUGUGUUACAUCAUUUUUUCUUUUAACAAUACUCAAUAAACACUUGGGAACUGAGGAAACUAAUUGUUGAAGCUUUGAAAGUGGAAUUCUUUCCCAUUCUUGUUUUAUGUAGAGCUUCAGUCGUUCAACAGUCCGGGGUCUCCGCUGUCGUAUUUCACGCUUUAUAAUGCGCCACACAUUUUCGAUGGGAGACAGGUCUGGACUGCAGGCGGGCCAGGAAAGUACCCCCACUCUUUUUUAUGAAGCCACGCUGUUGUAACACUUGUCUUGCUGAAAUAAGCAGGGGCGUCCAUGAUAACGUUGCUUGGUUGACAACAUAUGUUGCUCCAAAACCUGUAUGGACCUUUCAGCAUUAAUGGUGCCUUCACAGAUGUGUAAGUUACCCAUGCCUUGGGCACUAAUACACCCCCAUACCAUCACAGAUGCUGGCUUUUGAACUUUGCGCCUAUAACAAUCCGAAUGGUUAUUUUCCUCUUUGUUCUGGAGGACACCACGUCCUCAAUUUCCAAAUAUAAUUUGAAAUGUGGAGUCGUCAGACCACAGAACACUUUUCCACUUUGCAUCAGUCCAUCUUAGAUGAGCUCAGGCCCAGCCAAGCCGGCGGCGUUUCAGGAUAUUGUUGAUAAAUAGGUUUGGCUUUGCAUAGUAGAGUUUUAACUUGCACUUACAGAUGUAACGACCAACUGUAGUUACUGACAGUGGUUUUAUUAAGUGUUCCUGAGCCCAUGUGGUGAUAUCCUUUACACACUGAUGUCGGUUUUUGAUGCAGUACCGCCUGAGAGUUUAAAAGUCCGUAAUAUCAUUGCUUACGUGCAGUGAUUUCUCCAGAUUCUCUGAACUUUUUGAUGAUUUUACAGACCGCAGACGGUAAAAUCCCUAAAUUCCUUGCAAUAGCUCGUUGAGAAAUAUUAUUCUAAAACUGUUCGACAAUUUGCUUACAAAGUGGUGACCCUCGCUCCAUCCUUUUUUGUGAAUUACUUAGCAUUUCAUGGAAGCUGCUUUUAUACCCAAUCAUGGCACCCAACUGUUCCCAAUUAGCCUGCACACCCGUGGGAUGUUCCAUACAAGUGUUUGAUGAGCAUUCCUCAACUUUACCAGUAUUUAUUGCCACUUUUCCCAACUUCUUUGUCAUGUGUUGCUGGCAUCAAAUUCUAAAGUUAAUGAUUAUUUGCAAAAAAAAAAGUUUAUCAGUUCGAACAUCAAAUAUGUUAUCUUCGUAGCAUAUUCAACUGAAUAUGGGUUGAAAAUAAUUUGCAAAUAAUUGUAAUCCGUUUAUAUUUACAUCUAAAACAAUGUCCCAACUCAUAUGGAAACGGGGUUUGUAGAUAAAGCUGAUGGAAGAUGACCACUCAUGAUACUACCAUAUUUUGACAUCAUGAGUUUUCCUACAGCCACAUAUCUUGCUGCUAAAGUAUUAAAGGCCCCAGAGGUUAUUUCUCUUGCAGACCACACAACUGGUGCUCAUAGGAGACAUGACAAUUAAUUCAUUGGAGGCGUUAAUUGGAGUACUUACUGUAAGUGGAAAUACUGUAUAAUGCAACCUGCACUAUUGCACGUUUGGAUUAUGUGUUAUUUUUUUUUUUUUAAAUGUUAUUUAUCAAUGGAGGGAAGUUGAAGGUAUCGAAUGCAUAUUUUCAAUUAAUUUAUUAAACUGCUUUAUUUCUA